AUGGGCUGGUUAUGGCGAUCGAGUCCUCAAAAGGACACUUCCAAUGACACUUCGUCAACAAUUAAAGCCGCUCCAGAACCCGGACCUCAGAACACACUUCCAAAACAAUUGACGCCGGACGAACAAGCGACCCUGGAAUUCAACCAACUCCUUGCGGACCUCCAACAAGCCGAUGCCGAAUUGUCCAGUGGCCAAAGACAGGGCCCUGAGUCUUUCAAUGGCUCUACAACCGCUCCGACCAUCCCCGACACGGCCGCACCCCCAGCACAACCCUCCUCAUCCAUCGCCCCCGACUCUCUCUACGCCGAUUCUAUGUCGUGCCGCACGGCCUUCGACUACGCAUUCUUUUGCCAGUCCUUUGGUGGCCAAUUUGUCAAUGUGUAUCGAUACGGCGAGCUGCGGUCAUGCAGCGAGCACUGGGAUAAUUUCUGGCUGUGCAUGAAGACGCGCGGGUGGUCGGAUGAUCUGCGGAGAAAGGCCAUUCGUGCGCACAACCAGAAAAAAGCUAUCAAGUACAAGACCGGCCCCAGCAGCGAAGAUAUUUGGGAUGUGCGACUUGAGCCGGUGAAGGACGCUUUCCAGGGCGAUUUUGCGGCCCUGGAGAAGGAAAUGAAGGCCGAGGAGGAAAUGAAGAAGAAUGCGGCGGCUUGA